AAAAUGACUGACGUCAUUACAAAGUAGAAUUGGUGACGCAAAAAAUAAGCCAUAAUAUGGAUUUUUAGGUGCACAAUUGAAAGAGUUAUGAUUUUUUAAAUGUAAGGAGGAAAAAAUGAAAGUGCAAAAAUGUAAAAACCCCGGGUCCUUAAGGGGUUAAAUGUAAAAUCCCUGUAAAUAAGUGAGAUUUCCCAGGAAGCAGCCAUGAUUCAUUGUCAGGCGCCACCAUAGGAUCAGGCCCGUUGCUUAGCAACAGACACCAUAAUGAUCCGGUGACACAGCUGAGCCGUGUGAUGUGGCGGGAACUGCCUAGUGUCGCCCACAAUACUAGUGUAGGAGUGACCUUGCUAUGCCUGAGCGCCCCCUGCUUGGCACAAGUCCAGAGUUUCCCAGCAGGUGUCUCCAAGAUAGAAUGUCGGUCGCGAUUAUUUUGGAUCUGGGUGGACCAAAGCUUCUUCGGGACUAGUCCAUGGCAGCUGGUGGCAGUGAAUGCAACUGGAUUUACAGAUGUGAUGGUGGCAAACCGGGCAGCGCAGUGUGGCUACACCAUCACCACGGAUGUGUAUGGGAAUGUAGAGAUCAGGAUAUCCUUCCUUGGCUGCUGGGUGAACAAUACAAAUGACCAGUUGUUUGCCAUCAAGGUGGAGUUCAGGGUAACCCAAAGCAGCCGGACCAGAAUCUAUCCUGUAUCCAUGAGCUGUGCUGCAAGCGAUUGGGAUGUGAGGGAGAUAGUCUGUGAGGAGAACUACAUGGAGGUAUCUGUAUCCACAAAUAUUCUACCAACACUAUUUAAGAUGCUUAAUCUGGCUUUUCGUGUGGUGAGCAUUUCGAGGUGGAAAGUCUGGUUCAAUGACUCCAGUGCACCGGUACCAGCUCAAGAUGCCAUCAACAUGGGCUACGGGGUCAGUGCUUUAUUAAAUAGAGUGGUCUUAAGAUCCCCCUACAACACUCCUGAAUCCAAGGUAGUGCAGGUUGGCAACUUCAACCUUGAUGUCGUUCUAAGCAAUAUGUUGUUUACUCAAACCCUCCUACGAAUCAUUGUGGACACUACAGUUGCAUGUCCUAAAGAUCCUCCCGUGUUCACAGCCACCGCACUCUCCUGGUUGUCUCCAGCUGUCCUCAGCCCUCUGAUCACUGGAUCCAUCACAAAUAGCUCACUUUUGAUGGGAGUUAAUGGAAUACUACUAAACUCAAUCCAGACUGAUCAAAACUACAUAUUACGUAGUGACACAACUCAGGUGGAGGUGACCAUCCCAUAUGGUGCCCCAGGUGGCUAUCUACAGAGUGAUGUUAUAAAUAACACCUACAUGACCACAUACAGUGUUCACCUCAUCCUUCAGCGCCAGUGGAUAAGUGUCCAUGAGGAUGAUUUUACAACACAUACAGCCUACAAGACAAUCAUUGCCCCAGUGAUAAAACAGAUUCCUGUCUUUCUGGACCACACCGUUAAAGCAAACUUUUACUUCAACGUGUCUCUGGGGAACUUCUACUCUGAUGUAACCCUCAAGUCGUUCAUAAUCUAUGGAGUGCCACUCGGCCUUGGUGAUUUAAGUCUGAGAAAGAUGACUGUUGUGAGCAUGGUGAAUCCCAACAACACUCAGGCCUUCUACCUUACAGUGCCCUUCCCGGACCCCCUCGUGGAACAGACGUAUCUUGGUGACAUUCAAAGGAGAUAUAAACUAUAUGUGACCUAUAUCAUGACCCUCAUACCCAAAAAAAAGGACUUCAAGUACACUGGUGUAGUGCAGUGUGAUGUUGAUGAUGUCGUGCCACCAAACAUCACCAGUUCAUGUGCAAGUGACAGGGUGAUUCUCAACAUAAAAAGGGGCAAUAUGGACUACUACUGGCUUCCAUAUAUCCAGGAGCUUCCUCUGAACAAUGAACUUAUCACCUCCCAGAACAUUGUUUUCAGGGUCUCUGAUGUCACCAUGUACAUUGAGGUGCCAUAUACAUCUGUUGGCUUGAACUAUGAGGUGGUGACCUUGAACUCCUCUCUCGUUCACUUAAAUUUUUCAUUAAGAAAGAACAGGACUCAAGAAAUAAAGAUCGUUCAUACAAGAACUUGUCUCUCACCUCCAAGGCCUCUACUCUGCCUCGCCAAUGGCACCAUGAUUGCAAUUAUCGACAGUACAGUCACACAACCUGCAUUUGAUGCCCACAAAGCUCACCUUAGAGACCCUUCUUGUACCCCUCAGGAUGCUACUGAUGAAAGAGCCAUCUUUAACUUUGCAGCAUAUUCAUGUGGGACCACACGCAGGUUUGACAGUGACUACCUGGUCUACGAGAACGAAGUGACCUUUGACCGCCAGGUGCUGUUACCAGACCAACCCAUAAUUUCCAGAGAUUCUUCCUAUAGGUUGACCAUUCGCUGUAGAUACCCGAUCAGAGACUCCUUGUGGUUAGGUGGCCGAUAUAAUAUUAGUUCUCUCCAGGGACUACCUGCAGUCACACCAGCAAAAGUAUUGCGGCGAAGAUCUAGGACCCAUGUUGCAGAGCUGAAACUUGCUAAAGAUGAAAACUUCACAGCAUUUUACCAGACUGGAGACUACCCAGUAUCGGUGCAGCCUGCUGACAAUCUAUACUUCCAGACAGAUGUGCAGAGUCCAGAACCUGUUGCUGCUCUGAAAGAUUGUUGGGUUACAAUGUUCCCUGGCCAAGAUGGUAUCACACGGUGGGAUCUGAUUGUGGAUGGGUGUGCUAUGGUGGCAGAGACAUUUGCUGCAGAAGUCCAGACAUCUGAAGACUGGUUGCCCCGGUUCAAGGUGACUCUUCAUGAAGCCCCAACUAGUCAGCUCUUCAUACACUGUAAAGUAUUGAUCUGUGAUGCCACCACACAUCCUGAGGACUGCCGCAGAACCUGCAACCAGAACAAGCGCCACAUGGAUAAAAGAUCUGCCCCCCUGCCUAUUGAGGUGGUAUCUGCUGGUCCUGUCCAGAUCAAGGCUAGUUACAGUGGUGUGGUCUACAAGCAUUUUGGUGAAGUGACUUCGUGGUCAACAUGGAGCUGGAUGUUAUCCACUGGCCUCGCCGUCAUCUCUGCUUUUACUGUUGGAGCAAUUUUCUUCACAGUUCGUCUCUUUAGACACUAAAUAAAAAAUUAUAUUUUC